GCUGGUGACGUCAUGAUGGCGCCCGCCCUGCCCGCGGUACACCAGUGUUGGCACCCGCUGCACCAGGCAGCAGCGUAACAGGCCGAUCAGCACAUCCUCCGGUUGAACGGGUAUGGAAUAGGGAUUGCCGCCACAACUGGGGUAUUCUACGCUCAUUUCAACGCUAGCACGUCAUUCAUUCAACUGGUUACCAUUCGGCGGUGGCUCAUCACAAGUAAGAUUAACGUCAACGAGACGUCAGGGCUUUAAAGAAGACGGAGAGUGCGUGCCACCCAUAGAUGCGUGACGACCCGCUCCUGGCGUCUGCUGCUAGCUGCUGAGAAGCGAACCAUAUGCAGAUAGAGCUAACAUGUGAUCGACGAUGCAACCAGACCCCCCGAUGUUUGAUCGUCACGUGACAGAGCACGUCACCGAGCAUCCCGAUGUGUCAUGGCCGCCACCUCUGGCGACGACCUUGGCCAUAGUAGAGAGGCCCACUAGGCCAACCCUGGACAUCUUCGGGGGAAGAUGUCAGACCCUUAAUCCCAGAAGCCUGAUCAUAAGCACCCCAGAAACAGAGGAUGUGCCACUAACCAGCCUCGGUAGUCUGACUCCUCUGGAGGAGAAGAAUGAGAGAGACAGCGGUUUCCCCUCGGAGUCAGACAUCUCCCUAUCCUCCAGCGCCACGCCACUGUAUCCUGGCAUCUCUCCAUCCUCCAGUACUACCCCGCUUCUCGGGGACUUCUCAAGGUCAUCCACCUGUCAAUCACUGGGGGAUUGCCUCUCAAGGUCAUCAAGUUCCACGCCGCUUAUUGGCGAGAGCAUCUCGAGGUCGAGCUUAGCGCCGCUAUUGGGAGAGGUUGCUCCUCGGUCGGCAAACUCAGAUUACGACAUCGCGAACGAGCAAACUACGAACAAGUCGUGCCUGCCGAAGUCGUCAAGUACGACACCCCUGCUGACGGAUCUGGAUCGGGACGAUUCGGGGUACUCGCUCGACUCGCAGACAUAUCAAACGUCGUGUAAAGGAGCGCAAGUGAACCUUGGACAUUCGGCAUCGUGCGAUGCGAUAGAGGAAAGUAGCGGGAAGGAAGAGCCAACAGACUGUACAAUACAUCCAGAGUUUGAGAGAGUGUACGAAGAAUGGCAGGGCGGGGGAGGCGUCCCUCAGCGAGAGUACAUCAACAACGGCUUCGACAAGGUUUACGACCAGGUAUAUGACAUCAGCAGUAUCGUCACGGUUGAGAGAGGCGGCACGUUACCCAGGGACCCCAGCACAGUCUUCCACCAGGGUCUCCCCCCAGACUACAUGGGCAUGUCCGUUUUCUCCACCAUAUGCUGUUUUGCACCUCUCGGAAUAGCGGCGCUCUACUUUUCUCUUGAAACGAGCAGCUCUAUAAUACUGGGGGACUACCACUUGGCGAGUAAGACAUCCCGUCGUGCCCAGCUCCUGUCCAUCAUGGCCAUCAUCCUCGGAACCCUUGCCUACACGGUAGCGCUGGUUGUCGUGGCAACACACAUGACCUGACCAAUGGCAACACACAUGACCUGACCAAUGGCAACACACAUGACCUGACCAAUGGCAACACACAUGACAUGACCAAUGGCAACACACAUGACUUGACCAAUGGCAACACACAUGGCAUGACCAAUGCCAGCACACGUGAUAUGACCAAUGGCAACACACAUCACCUGACCAAUGGCAACACACAUCACCUGGCCAAUGGCGACAGACGUGACUUGACCAAUGGCAGCACAGAUGAAUUGACCAAUGGCAACGCAUAUGAACUGACCAAUGACACCACAGAUGACCUGACCAGUGACAACACACAUGACUUGACCAAUGACAACACAUAUGACUUGCAGCUAGCAUGGUUUGAUCAUGACCAAAGGGAACAGCAUACAGUUUGAUCACUUGGCAAACGCGGAUGAUAUACAUGUUCCAGGAAAUCCUUCACAGUGUAUUCGGACAUUUGAAUGCGACACGCCGCUUGAAUACGGGAUCAUGGGUAGAAGUUGGCUGUAACAUCUUCAAGAAAAUCAUAUUAUACAAGUCGUUCUAACUAUCGAAAGAUGAGUUACACAUUCUCCGUAUGUUAUUCUUUGAAACCUUCGCGUGAGGUCCUCACCAACAGAUGCGAUACUUCAAACUUUCAGCUUAAUUGAGGGAACGGUGUACAUAUCUGCAUGUGUACAGUUAAAAGAGAAACUUCGCCCCCCAGUUGUCGUAUUAUUGAUGUUGAAUAUAAUAUGCUGCAACUGGGUAGGUACCAUAUUACACGUUCAGCCUUGUAACAUGAUUCGAAGCGGUUAAUUGAUCAUGACACGUUUUUCUUAUCAAGAGAACACUAUAUUAGGUACCUGAAGCCUGCAUGUUCCUCUACCUUCAGACACAAAAGUAGUAACUUAUACUGCUCUAACUCUUACUAUAUACUUGUCAAAAUGUACAAGCUUAGGGAUCACUUAAGUUGUAAAUAAUGUAUAAAAAGAUUCUUAAAAUGGCAAGACGUUUAUAAUUAUGAUAACAAGCGGUCCAAUUAAGUCACGGUACACAACUUUACACGGAACUGGGAACAUGAAUCUAACCUAAAAAAUGUAAAAAAUAUGACAUUCUACGUAUGGAAUAGCAUGCGACGUGAACAAUAAUUGUGUUUUACUCGUAUUUGUAUCAUAUUUAUUCAUUGAUAAAUGGUUUAUUUGGA